GGUUGCCCCCGGACCUUGAUAGGGAAGUGUCAACAUACAAUGUAUUCUGUAACUUAUCAAUGUUUGUUGUCCUCUAGUGGAGAUUGGAAGUGUAUGCUGUGCCAGGAUUUUCCAAAAACUGCUCAAGGAGACUCUCCCAGCAGAUACUAAUCCCUCUGACAUGUCAGCAGCUGAUCAGAAGAAGUGUGAGCGUGUACUGCUGGAACUGUUUUGCCAUGAUCCAUGCCGGCCUUUUCAUAGACUUUCAAGUGGAGCGGAUGAUGACCCAUUGAUCGACUUAACACUUAUUCGAGCCAAGCUGCAGCAGAAGCUCUCUCCUUCAUACGCCAACCCUGAUGAGUUUGUUAAAGAUGUCUGGUUGAUGUUUAGAAAUAUCAGCAAGCUUGCAGAGGAUAAAGCGGUGGUUCAGUCAAUCAUCGAGCUGCAGUCAUUUUUUGAAGCCAGACUUAACCUGCUCUUUGGAGAUCGCAAGUUUACGUGCCUCGCGGGUGAAGCGGGCACGGAUGAGGAUCAGCAAAACGAAAGCUCGACUCAGCGGAGUUCCCCCAUGAGCACAACUAGCGAGAGCGUAUCGUCUGUAAAGAACAGUGGCGAUGCAGAAUAG